UCAAUAUUGAGGUCCUCACAGUGACACAAGUCCCCAGGGGUUAGUGUGCAUUCAGGUGAAAGUCCCCACACACACACACACACACACACACACACACUGCCAUCAUCAUCAUCAUUAUAAUAAACUGCCAAACAGACUGGGGACCAGAUAACGAAAGAAGGAAAAGGAGGGAAGAUACUGAACAUACACGUUCAUCCACGCAUCACUCCUCGUCCAAUCACAUCUAUUCAGCAGUCAGAGGGAGGAGCCAAAGGAUGGAGAGCCUUGAAAAGAGAAAGAAAUCACUGUAUAUAUAUGAGAGAGAGAGAGAGAGAGAGAAAAGUGGAGUUUAAUAGUCAAGAGAUGGACAGAAAUAAGAGAAGCAAAUGAUUUUCUGAGCAAACUAAGGAAGAAAGAAUGAAAAAAGAUAAAUCAUCACAGAAAACAAGAAGAUACAGGAUGAAGAAAUAAAGACGAGACGAACAACAAGGCAAAAUACAGAAAAGAAAAGAGAAAAGACUGUAGAGGAGAAUUAACUGAAGAAGAAGAGACGGUUGUUUUUUUCAUCAGUGGUGAAUUUAACAACAAACUGACAGAAGGAGGGUCAGUUUUAUUUGACCAAUCAGGAGGCUGAGCUGCUGUUUCUGUUGUGGCUGCAGGACCGAGACAUGAGGAUGACUCCAGACACUGAGGAGUCUAUCAGGUGUACAGCUUCUGGCUGCAGCUGCGUGUGCUUCAAACCAGGAAGUGUCCAACUCAGGUCAUGUGAUCGCUGUGGACACGGCUGGGUGGCACACGCCUUGGAGAAGCUCCAGUUUCAGGCCCAGCAACCCUCCAGCUGCGGCCCAGUGGAGGUGGCCCUUCCUGGGCUGGUGUUCGACCUGAGCUCCCUGGUCCUUUAUGGAGCUCAGGCCGUUCCUGUUCGGCUAAAAAUUCUGCUGGACCGUCUCUACAGCAUCCUAACCCCAGAACAGGUCGGCCAUAUACUGCACACACUGGGCUGGAGUUUGGGGGAUUAUGUUAGAGGGUACAUGUUGCAGUAUCCUGGUGGGAAGGCGUUGGACCGCUGGUUGAUGGUGACUCCUGAAGAAGAGCUGCUCAUCCUCAAACAGUUCCUUCGUUUUGGUGAGACACGCCCCAUAGUUGAGUUGAUGACACGUCAGUGCCUGGCAGCUGUCAGUCACCUGUCUGAUCCACAGCUAAACCGAGCACCGAACAUCAGCACGGUCAGCGAGGGGAACGGGGGAACGCCAGGAAUGUUUAAGAACACAGGAGGAGAUUCACGUUUAGUGACCAGCGUCUGCCGUUUUAAGAAAAACAGUCCUGCUGACCACAAUGACACUGUCCACCAUUUUGAAAACUUUCCAGGAGGACAGUCUUUGCUUCUGCCUUUCCACUUUCCAAGCUCUGCCUUCCACUGUUUGAUUCCUUCCACAAAGGAGUUUACCGGUAAGCUAACACAGUGCCUAUGGAAGCCCAGUGUGACCAAGCUGGCCGAGAGACACAGGCAGGAAGGAGGAAGAAGAGAGCAAGAGGAUGAUCCGAUUUUGCAGCAAUCUAAACGUGAUCCGGCUUUAAAAAUCAAAGCAGACCCUGACAAGCCAAACCCGGCCCAGUCGAUACGGCAUCAGAACCCCGGGUUCCACAACGACCCGAUGCUUGACCUUCACAGGGGCAUGGCCAAACAGGAGAACGCCUCAUCACUCUCUCCUUCCUUCAACUCCUCACUUAUUCCUACUUCUUCCUCACUCCAUCCGUCCAUUUCCUCCUCUUCCUCCUCUCCUCCGAAGAUUUCCCAGAAGUUGCAGGGCUCCUCUUCCUACUCUCUCAACCCUCUCCCAUCCUUCUCCUCCUCCUUCCUCUGUCCUCUUCCUACCUCCUCCUUUUCUUCCUCCCUCCAUCCUCUCCCAUCCUCGUCUUCCUCCCUCCGUCCUCUCCCCUCUUCCCUCUGCUCCAUUCCUUCUCUUUCACCCGCAGGAGGUCGAAAGGGGAGGGUCUGCUGUGGCGUUUGUGGGAAAAGCUUCUAUGACAAAGGAACGCUGAAGAUCCACUACAACGCUGUCCACUUAAAGAUCAAACAUCGCUGCACGGUGGCGGGCUGCACCAUGGUCUUCAGCUCGCUGCGCAGCCGAAACCGACACAGCGCCAACCCAAACCCACGGCUACACACAGGCGCCAGCAGAGACGCACCCACCCACAGAAACACACACACAAGCAUACACUCUGAAGCACAGAUACACAAGGACAAAAGCGCUUGCAAAAACACACACAGCACUCACACACGUUGUAGCAACACACUUUGGCCGCGGGAUGAUGAUGCGCACACACUAGUACGCGUACACACCCUCAGAUUCGGGUUGAACGGUCAUACAAAGCCCCAACAUGGCUGCCAGGACGACACACACCCUCAAGCCGACUCCCCUCCUCCUUCUCCUCACCCUCUGCCCCGGACUCUGAGCCAAGACACCAACCAUAACUUCAUCCCGUGUGACCGCACCUGCAGAUCUGACCUGUACCCCCAGGCUCCUCCUCCUCCUCCUCGUCCACUCCUCCCAGCUGGGAGUGCUUCCUCGCUGGACUCACCUCCCUCCCUUGUCCACCUAGUCGUUCCUGCGGCGGAGGAAACUGAACACUGUCGACACCUGCUCCGCACUGCACCUGCACCACUCGCUGGCCCCGCCCCCAUCACCGUGGCAAGCAAACAAGCAGAGGUUAGCGCCAGCCCACUGACCAAUCAGCAGCGGCUGUGGGAGUCAGGUGACCCCAUGCCAAAGAAGAAGCCCAGGAAGUCGAGCAUGCCGGUGAAAAUAGAGAUGGUGGAGGGGGGAGAAAACAAGAAGGAGUAGGAGUGUUGAAGAUCUGCAGUGUUUUGUUGCUCAGCAGUAAAAUGUUAAAACUUUACAUUCAGGAAUAAAAUCAUUUCAGUCCAGAAUAAACACGAGGUAAAGCCAGUGUCGCGUUGGUUUAGCCUGAUUCCAGAUCUCUGAAGUGAUGCCUAGAUCUCCACAUUUCAAAUAGGUCUUGCCUUGUGCUCAUUGACUGCAAUGAAAUCCAAGGUUUAGCUAACGUUACCUAAAAUUCACUUGAUGUGCAUAUUUAUAAAGUACAGUUUUGCUCUUUUUUGUCUGGAAGAUUGUUUUGAAACACUGCAGGAAUGUCUCAGAAAACGAGGACUGGCAUUCAAUCUUAUUAACGAUUUUAGCGACUGGAGUGAAUACAAUGGUUUUGGUUUGUGAGGAGAAAAGAUGGAGCCACGCACAGGUGAAAAGCUGCAGAAACAUGUCAUUAAGCUGAACAACGUUUUUACCCUCAGCUGUCCCGUGGGCACAGAGAACAGAAAGUGCAGCAUUGAUCACAGUGAGGUAUCUGUACACAAUACUGGUAUUUGUAUAGCGCGAACAACGCGUUUGAACGUGACGCCCUCAGGUCAGGAUCUCAUGAAAAUGAAUCUCAUAAACUGUCUCGAACAAUAUAACUAAUAUAUACGUAAAACAAUGUUGCUGUAUGACCAUCUCCGCUUAUAGUUAAGAAGUAAUUUGUUACAGUUACAGCCUCAUGUUAACUUGCGUGAGACGAUGAAUGAGAAUGAUCCCAAAGAGUUUAAUUCAACGGAUGAACAGAUCUUAAAUUUGGAUUGGCAAAACAAAUUCCUGUCAGCCUCAGCUGUUCUUUGAGAUUAAUGCUAACAUGGCAUGCUAGCACACUAAAAUGCUUAAUGUUUGCACGUUACGCUAACUUUCUAACUGCGCGCAAAUUGUAACAUGCUAACAUUUGAGCGGUAACUGUGGCGUUCAGCACAAAGCACAGCUGAGCCUAACAAAGUCCAGUUUAGCCUGGUGAGAGCUAACCUCCUUUCUACGUCGUCCCUGUAGUGAAAAUGGCUCGUCUUUUUAGACUUGAAAGCCUAAAAAGACGCAGUUGAAUGUGUGAAGUGUUAGCUGUUGCGCCGCCUGUGCAGACCUGCUGUAAUACUUUAAAUAGAAGUGCAUCUAUUCAUCAGACACAGGCGGGACGGACGGCUAAAAGACACAGCCGAAGGCACUUCGCAGUGUAACUCGACAAGCUGAGUCUCUCCUAAAAUGGCCACCUUACAGGGGAUAAGCCUUUUUUACAGCAUGACCUUUCCUCUGUUCUUCCCACCCUCAGGACAAACUUUACAUCUUUGCAUUCUUCAGAACAAUAAAUGUGUAGUUUGUAUAUUCUGUCUCUGCUGAUAAACCAUUUCUUUCUCUCCGCCAUGAUAAACGUGUAUUUUAACAGCAUGCUGUUUGUUGUCUGUUACUGCAAUAAUGACUGCGAUUAAAAACUCUGCUGUCAUACAUUUA